CGGGCUGCGGACAAGACGCUGUCGAAGCCCUUCGUCAAGUUCGAGUUCCAGUUCCAGCGCGACCUUCGAGUACCUUGUUUGUGUUUACGUUGGGGCAGGAGAAGGACGGGUAGUUCUUGGGUUUGAUUUAGAUGGAAAUGACGAUAUCUUUUUUUGAGUAGUUUAGUAGGGAAUUUGAGUUAAUUACGCGGUUGCAACUAACGAAGACGUACUAUAAUUGAUAAUCAAUUUGAUAUCGGUUGGGUACCUGGCGUCAAAAAGAAUUCUUUUUGCUUCGGUUCUAGUCGCUGUUCUUUCAUAUCAACGUAAGAAAAGAAAAUGAGUACUUGACGUUACUGAACAUGCAAUGAUGAACCAGCACUAAACCCUUUUCCCUCGUCCGCGUCGCCGAGAAUCACGAAACGCCACCAGCCGAGCACGAGACCCUAACCCCUCACACGAAACGAUCCCGAAACGAAAUCAUGUCCUUCGAGAAAAACAUUCACGAACUUCUCCCACCCACUACGACCUUGACGCCCCACCCGACGAAAGAGCCACGCUCAUCACACGCCGCUGAUGUCCCAACGAAGAGAGCCAUCUGGGGGAGACCGCAGGCAGGAGGGCCCAGCGACGUCGGGAGGAGGACCAUCGCACUCGCCUCCCGCACCACCAGGCACAGAGGGAGACAUCAAGGCGCCCUGGUUCUGCUCGUGCUCCUGCUGCUGGCCAGGCCCUUGCUCGGCCGGGCUGGGAAAGAGCGGCUGUUGGCGUGCGUCUGCAACACGAACGAGUGCCAGCACGAAGGCACCAGCACCUGCCACACGAAGGCCCAUUGCUACUCCCAGCGAUGGGAUCAGAGGGAUGACUCGCAGCCCGUCGUCAGAGGCUGCAUGACUGCUGGUUCCCUCUUGUGCAUGAACCAGCGCCCGAGAGGUCAUAACGGGUCAUGGCCAUUCCUGAACUGUUGUGAUACGUACAUGUGUAACAGGGAUGUAUCACCUACCCCUUCACCCGCCCUGACCCUCGCCCGUCGCCAGGAAGCUGUUACUCAGAGUCAACCGAAUUCCCUGGAGCGCCUCGGAGUGUCCAGCGUCGAGGAAUUCCGCAAGAAGUACGAGCAGCCUGGCCCCGAGUGCGACCAGUCCAAGCUCACCAUGCUGUACCUCGGCGUGACUGGGGCUGCCCUCAUCCUCAUGGUUAUUAUCACCGUCGUGGGUUCAUUCAUCCUUCUGAGUUAUAGGAGGAGGUAUAUCCGAGCCCCCUGUGUUCCCCCGGAGGCGCCGCGUGAGAAGAGCCAUCACAUACCGCUAUUCCUUCAGACAAACGCUUAGCCUUUGUACAUUUUUUUUCCUUGAAUGAGAUCUUAGUCUUAGCACUUCAUUGGAAUUCUGCUUUCUCUUAGGUACUACUGUAAUGACUAUCAUUAGAAAAGUUCCUAGUAAUGAUAAUGGUAAGAAAUGAAAAGAUCCAGGCUAAAGAAUUGGUUUAUUUGUAACUAAAUUUCUUAAACUGGAUAUUUGAUGAGUACAAAUUUGUGUGGUGUGUUAAGGAAAACAAAUGUGUGGAGCUUUAUUAAAAUGGGAGAUAUACAACGUAGGUUACCUUUCACUGUGUGUGUGUGUAUGUGUGUGUGUGUGUGUGUGUGUGUGUGUGUGUGUGUGUGUGUGUGUGUGUGUGUGUGUGUGUGUGUGUGUGUGUGUGUGAGA